CCCGGCGGCCGCCCCCCCCCCCGAGUCAGGGCCGCCUGCCGCGUCUUCAUCGGGAGGCUGAACCCGGCCGCCAGGGAGAAGGAUGUGGAGAGGUUCUUCAAGGGAUAUGGCCGCAUCCGGGACAUCGAUCUGAAGAGGGGGUUUGGGUUUGUGGAAUUUGAGGAUCCGAGGGAUGCAGAUGAUGCUGUCUAUGAAUUGGAUGGAAAAGAGCUUUGCAGUGAGAGGGUUACAAUUGAGCAUGCAAGAGCACGCUCUAGGGGUAGAGGCAGAGGGAGGUACUCUGACCGUUUUAGUAGCCGCCGUCCACGUAGUGACAGGAGAAAUGCCCCACCUGUAAGAACAGAAAAUCGCCUCAUAGUAGAAAAUUUGUCUUCCCGAGUCAGCUGGCAGGAUCUCAAAGACUUCAUGAGACAAGCGGGGGAAGUAACCUUUGCAGAUGCACACAGACCUAAGUUAAAUGAAGGGGUGGUUGAAUUCGCCUCUUACAGUGAUUUAAAGAAUGCUAUUGAAAAGCUUUCUGGUAAAGAAAUUAAUGGAAGGAAAAUCAAACUAAUUGAAGGCAGCAAAAGGCACAGGUCCAGAAGCAGGUCACGGUCUCGUAGCAGAAGCUCAUCCAGGUCUCGUAGCCGGUCCCGUUCCCGCAGCCGCAAGUCUUACAGCAGGUCAAGGAGUAGGAGCCGUAGCAAGUCUCGAUCAGUUAGUAGAUCUCCAGUGCCAGAGAAGAGCCAGAAACGUGGUUCUUCCAGUAGAUCUAAAUCCCCAUCAUCUGUGGAUCGGCAGAGGUCUAGAUCGAGGUCGAGAUCUGUUGACAGUGGCAACUGAACUAUAAGUAACUUGCCCUGGGGGCCCUUUUUUAAACCAUACUUGCUAAAACUUGUGGUAAGUAUGUUUCUUUCUGUGGGGAAGGGUUUGGAUGGGGAGGGGAAGGG